GCAGACGGGAUGUUGCGGCUUCGCUGUAAGACCAAAAACGGGAGCCACAUAAUGCAGGGCCUGACUCAUCAGUCCUGUGUGCGGGAGCUGAAGAGCAAGGUGGAGGAGCUGACUGGUAUCCCCUGUGACGUGCAGAAGAUUAUGGUCGGCUAUCCGCCCUCCAGCCUCGAUCUUCGAAAUGGAGACGCUCACCUCAAGGACUACCCCAUCAAAUCAGGAGACACACUCAUUGUUGAGGAAGAAAAAAACAAGCCAAAGCCUCCGGAUCAUCCCACUGUGACUAAAGUACCCCGCCUGGAAGCGUCGCCCGUACUGGCGCGCCGAGUGGUCCCGGCCGACAACUCCUGCCUCUUCACCAGCGUGUAUUAUGUGGUGGAGGGCGGCGUGUACGACCCCGCCUGCGCCCCCGAGAUGCGAGGCCUCAUCGCCCAGAUCGUGUCCAGCGACCCCGCGGCUUACUCGGAGGCGGUGCUGGGGAAGACCAACGAGGAGUACUGCUCUUGGAUAAGACGCGACGACACGUGGGGAGGCGCCAUCGAGGUGUCCAUCCUGUCCAAGUUCUACCAGUGCGAGAUCUGCGUGGUGGACACUCAGACAGUCCGCGUGGAUCGCUUCGGGGAGGACGCCGGCUACCACAAGCGCGUGCUGCUCAUCUACGACGGCAUCCACUACGACCCGCUGCAGAAAGAGACGCCCGGCUCCGACGCCCCGCCGCUGACUAUCUUCUCCACCGCAGACGACGUGAUCCUGGCCCUGGCCCUCGAGCUGGCAGACGAGGCUCGCCGCAAGCGUCAGUUCACGGACGUUAACCGCUUUGCGUUGCGCUGCAUGGUGUGCCAGACGGGCCUGGUGGGACAAAAGGAAGCUCGCGAGCACGCCAAGGAGACGGGCCACACCAAUUUCGGCGAAGUGUGAGCGCCGCGUUGUCCUUUUUUUGUCUCCCUCUCACAAAUCCAACCACCACCGACCCUGUGCCCCACGUCUGGCAACUGUUGGUCUAUCUGUCAAUCUGCUCGUGUGAUCCUCUACCUCACAUUGUCCGGCGACAUCUACGGAGAGUCUGCAGACGCUGUGUUCGGCCUCUAACCCGUUCAGUAUUACUCCUUAAAACUGCUGUCAGUUCUCAAAGUCAGAAACGCCACUGCAGUGCUCCGAUGUCAUUAAACCGUCGUUUUAGUCUGUUAGGGAUGGUUUCAAAUCUGUUCAUCUGGGUCAAGUGAAAUAUGCAAACAGUUCUUAGAAUUAGUUUUAUUCUGUUGUAGAGUACUCAAGGCUGGGUUGUACUGACGCUACACCAGAUAGCGGCUGAUGUGUUUGUCGUCAGAAAAAAAGGCACCAGAUUGCCGAAACGUAUCUGAAUGACUAAACUUAAGUUAUAAAAAGCUGCUGUCUGGUUCUGGAAAGAGUUUAAAACAACCACUAGGAAUUAUUUGCUCUACGAUGUGAUCCUAUUCACUGUUGUCUUAAACGCAGCACACAAAGUUUGACUGUUAUUCAUCAUGUUGGUUAUGUAGCAUGUUUUUUUUUUAUUAUUUCCUUUUGUUGAUUGAAAGAUGUGUCAGAAACUUUUCCGAUACUAAAAACAGAUAGUUUGGUUAACUUUAGUUGCUAAGCUGGAUUCAUCUCUAUACAAAUACGCUACGACAUCCCUUUUUAUGAAUUUACCCGGCAGUGGCCGUUGAGUUUGAGGUUAUGCAUUUGGAAAAACAUUACGUUGCAAAAUUGUGAUCGAAAAUUAGCCAAAUUACUUACAUGGGACUUUUUCCUUCUUCUUUCCCCCCUUUUUUUUUUUUUCCCAGUGUUGUAACAAGGUUUAUCAGUGAGCUUAUUUUAAAGUGGACACAAAAAGAGAGAAUGGUGCUGAAAACAAAACAUUUUACAAAAUCUGUAGCUUCGUUUUUGUCUUUCUUCAUCGGUACAGGUUUUUCCAGGAGUGUACUUUUUUUAAAUUCUAGUGUGUAAUUUUCAGAUAUCAUGAUGCUGUAAGAACUCAUUUUUAAAAAAAAUACACUUUUGUUUUGUUUUAUAUUGCUGCAUAUUUUGAAACAGAAACAUUUAAAGUGUGCUGAGAGGUGUUUUUUUUUUUUUUAGCGUUGCAUUUCAGAACACAGAUCAUGGUGAAAUGGUCAUUUAUUGACUGGAAAAUCUGAAACAGGUGAGUGUAAGACGUGCUGUAUGGAGCUCCCUGCUGCUCACAUAAUGCAUUUACUGUUCAGGUAUAGGCCAUACGUCAUGUGCUUUGCUAAUAAGUAUUAACCAGUUACCUUUUGCUAUUUAAAUUUUUCAUUUUAACUCACAUUUGCAGCCAAAAAGUAACAAGUCAGGGUGUUUUUGAAAUCUACGAGUAAAGGUCCAUUCUGGUUUACGUUGAGCAUGUUGUCACCACUCUGUUCCACUGGAUGUUUCGCACAACUGGAGCACGUUCUCACUUUCUUUUUUUUAGCUAAAAUUCUCGCUUUGCUCAUUCCUUUUUGAAUACUCACUGCCUGAUAAAAGGAUGAAGCUUAUGAUAAAUCAUAGCUCACGUAUUAAAAGGAGUUCACAGCUGUUUUCCUUUUUGAAGCCCAGUUUCUUGUGCAGAACCAGUAUUUCUACUUCACGUACCUGUGAUGGAAAUAUUGGCACAGAGUUGUUGCCAAAAAUGAAAGUUGGACAGUGGAGGAGUUGAUUGGGGCUUUGUUUCAGAUUUUAUUUGGGUCAGACUCAGAUGGUGUUGGGAAUAAAUGAAAGUUAAAGCAAAAAUGUCAAAUUAUUUCAGUUUGAAUGUGAAUUACUACGAUUUCUUUUCCUCAUCUGUUACCUUUUUUUUUUUUUUUUUUUUUUUUUUUUUUUUAGGUAGUUUUAUUUUAACAGUGAUUAUGGAUUUAAUCAGCUUGCAUAAAAGUGAAACUAUGAAAUGGCUUUGUUGUAUUUUGUAUUUACCAAGUUCUCAUGACUCUUCAAGGACAAUAACAAUGAAUGUUGCACACAAAGCACUACAGAAUAACUGGAUUUACUUGAUUUUUUUUUCUCAGUGUUGUCACUAUUAAAAGUUAUAGCCGAUGUUGUGUACAAGUCA